ACAUAAAGCCGGACAAUGACCCGCGGGCUGAAGCUGUACUAUGAUUUUAUGUCGCAACCAUCGCGAGCGCUUUAUAUAUUCUUGUCCAUGAACAAGGUUCCGUUCGAGCGUUGCCCAGUAGCGCUUCGAAAAUUUGAACAAAAAACAACCGAAUACAAAACAAAUGUUAACCGAUACGGUAAAGUGCCCUGCAUUGUGGAGCAGGACUUCCGGCUCGCCGAGAGCGUCGCCAUUUAUCGCUACCUGUGCCGAGAGUACCAAGUUGCACCCUACUGGUACCCGCAGGACACAGUGCGCCAGGCACGCAUCGAUGAAUAUCUUUCCUGGCAGCACCUGAAUAUACGCGCCGACGUAUCGCUGUACUUUUUCCACGUUUGGCUCAAUCCGCUGCUGGGCAAGGAAGUGAAUGCCGACAAGACGGACCGUUUGCUGCAGCGAUUAACCGGAGGGUUAAACUUUUUCGAGAGAAAUUUGUUAUGCAACGGCAAGCAGCCGUUCCUGACUGGAGACACGAUUAGCGUAGCUGAUCUGUCGGCGGCCUGCGAGAUUGAGCAAGUUAAGAUCGCAGGGUACGAUCCAAGCAGCGGAAGGCCCCAUCUGGGCGCAUGGCUAAAGGCCGUACGGGACUGGACCAAUCCGUUCUACGACGAGGCGCAUAAGUACGUUUAUCGGCUAGCACCGGAACACAUUCCGACCCCUGCUGUCGCUGAUGAUGAAGAUUGA